CGAGAGAUGUUCAACUGUGGGUGACAAUUUAUUGCGCUUUACAAGCAACAGAAUCUUUCGAUAUAUCACAAACACCCGUAGCGUUCCAAUCGGAAUGGCGGACUCCUACCUCCGAGAAGACAACCCGACGGUUACAAUCUUACUCCUAGGAGACUCAGGUUGUGGCAAGUCGACCUUUCUAUCAAGCCUGAAAUCCAACCAUCGCCGACUUCAAGGACAAAGAGGCGACGACGUCCCAUUACGGGAUAGCGACCAACCCUUUCUCUAUGACAUUCGCUUCUCCAAGAAGUCAUUCACUCUCGAAAUCUUCGAUACCGCCAGCCCCAAUCAGCACUGGUCGACUCUCCGGCCGGAUGUGGUGCUUCUGGCGUUCGAUAUCUCCAAUCGCGAGACUCUGGACGGGUUGAGAGGGUGGCGACACGAUAUCAUCCGGUACUUCCAACACGGCUACGGGGAGCGCAUCCCCAUCAUGGUGGUGGGAUUGAAACGAGAUCUCCGAGUCGAGGGAGAGGGAAUCAUCUACCCACAGGAGUCAUACCGCAUCGCCCAGGAACUUCGAUGCGAUCGGUAUGCGGAAUGUUCCGCCGCUACGGGUGAGUUGAUGGCGGAGACCUUUGAGGAUAUUGCGCGUAUGGCAGGGAUGACUUUGACGGCUGCGGGCGGGCAGAGUAGAGGCGGUUGCGUUGUAUGUUGAUUGUUUUUUUUGUUUGUGAUACCCUUCUAUUUCAUU